AUCAGAGAGAGGUUUUACGUUUUACUUUAUUUCCCUGGAAUCUUUUUUUUUCUCCAUGGGGAUUCUCUGGGAUUCGUUUCUCUUCUUACUUGUGGCAACUUUUGCUCUGUUCUUAGUUAGGAUCGUGUUAUUCAAAACUGGAUUGAUUUACAUGGUGAAGUUAUGGCGGAGGAAGAUCAUCGACUGGUUUCAUGUUUACCAAUUCUACAAAGUCCCAGAAUUCAACGACAACGUUCAAGAGAAUCAUCUCUAUCAAAAAGUAUACAUGUAUCUAAAUUCCUUAAGCUCAAUCGAGAAUUCUGAUUUCACGAAUCUCUUCACCGGGAAAAAGUCCAACGAAAUCAUCCUCCGGUUAGAUCGGAACCAAGUCGUUGGCGACGAGUUUCUCGGCGCUAGAGUUUGUUGGAUUAACGGAGAAGACGAAGACGGAGCGAGGAAUUUCGUUUUGAAGAUUCGUAAAGCUGAUAAACGGAGAAUUCUCGGUCCUUAUCUCCAGCAUAUACAUACAGUAUCUGAUGAGCUUGAACAGAGGAACACAGAGCUUAAGCUUUUCAUCAACGUCGGAAUCGACGAUCAUCUCAAGAAGAAGAAGAAUGGACGGUGGAGAUCAAUUCCGUUUGAUCAUCCUUGUACCUUCGACAACAUCGCCAUGGAAACCGAUCUGAAGAACAAAGUCAAAUCCGAUCUCGAAUCUUUCCUCAAAGGUAAACAGUAUUACAAUCGCCUUGGCCGUGUUUGGAAACGGAGUUAUCUCUUAUACGGACCUUCCGGUACCGGAAAAUCAAGCUUCGUCGCAGCAAUGGCGAAUUUCUUAGAUUACGAUGUUUACGAUAUAGAUCUCUCCAAAGUAGUUGAUGAUUCAGAUCUUAAGAUGCUUCUGUUACAAACCAGAGGCAAAUCAGUGAUCGUGAUCGAGGAUCUAGAUCGAUACCUCUCGACGAAAUCAACGGCUGUGAGUUUAUCUGGGAUUUUGAAUUUCACUGAUAGUAUUAUCAGUUCUUGCACCGCCGAUGAACGGAUCAUGGUGUUUACGAUGACUGGGAAAGAACAAAUUGACCCGGCUAUGCUUCGACCGGGUCGGGUCGACGUACACAUUCAUUUUCCGUUAUGUGAUUUCACGGCGUUUAAAACGCUCGCUAAUAACUACUUAGGUGUUAAAGAGCACAAGCUUUUCUCUCAAGUUGAAGGAAUAUUCCAAAACGGUGCGUCUUUGAGUCCCGCCGAGAUCGGAGAAUUGAUGAUCGCGAAUCGUAGCUCGCCGACUCGUGCGUUGAAGUAUGUCAUCAAUGCUUUGCAGACUGAUGGAGAUCGGCGAGGAACGGGACGGCGUUUGCUUUUAGAAAGCGGUUCGAGAAAAUCGACGUCGGAGGAUGUUUCCGAUGAUAUGAAUGGUUCGCUUUGCGGCGGUGGCGGAGGAGGAAGUUCGCCGGCGGUGAAGGAGUUUAGGAAGUUGUAUGGGUUGUUGAGGAUUAAAAGUAGUAGAAAAUCUGGAUCGUUCGAUGUGGCUAGAGAGAUGAGGGACGGCUAGAAUUCGAUUUCUGCAAGAAUGAGACCUGUGUUCGUGGGGAAUUUCGACUAUGAUACUCGCCAAUCGGAUCUUGAAAGAUUGUUCAGCAAGUACGGGAGAGUGGAUCGAGUUGAUAUGAAGUCUGGUAUAACUUGUUACAGUUUCUUGCACUUGCUACAUUCUACACAUCUACAUCUUUAUUUACUACAACAUCAUCGAACGCCUCUACUUCUUAUGUACACCAGCCUUCACAUUGAUGCAGGGUAUGCUUUUGUGUAUUUUGAGGAUGAGCGUGAUGCUGAAGAUGCAAUCCGUGGGACUGACAAUACCACUUUUGGCUAUGAGCGACGCAAGUUAUCAGUCGAGUGGGCCAAGGGUGAACGUGGGAAGCCUCGUGAUGGAAAGGUAGCCUCGAAUCAGAGGCCUACAAAGACACUCUUUGUCAUCAACUUUGACCCUAUUCGCACAAGAGAGCGUGAUAUGGAGAGACACUUUGAGCCAUAUGGUAAAGUUCUCAAUGUUCGCAUAAGGCGCAAUUUUGCUUUUGUUCAAUUUGCAACCCAGGAAGAUGCAACCAAGGCCCUUGACUGUACACACAACAGCAAAAUAUUGGAUAGGGUUGUUUCUGUUGAGUAUGCUUUGAGGGAGGAUGGUGAAAGAGAAGAUAGAUAUGCUGGCAGUCCAAGAAGGAGAUCUCCUAGCCCAGUGUAUCGGAGGCGUCCUAGUCCUGAUUAUGGCCGUCCUCGCAGUCCUGAAUAUGACAGGUACAAGGGUCCUGCUCCUUAUGAAAGACGUAGGAGUCCAGAUUAUAGGCGUCGCAGUCCAGACUAUGGCAGAGCAAGAGCUAGGAGUCCGGGCUAUGACAGAUACAGGAGCAGCCGGUCCCCUAUUCAAAGAGCAAGAGGUUGAAGAUGCUGUUGGGCGAUGGAUUUUUAAAAUGUAUGCGUUUUCUAUGUUAGUCGGGUACAAAAACAAGUUAUUAGUACUGAGUCUUCACCGCUUAUGACUUGAACCGUAUGUGCUUUGCUACUAUAUGUGGUGUAGAGUAGAAGUAUUAGUAGCUUAUAAUGACAAUGAUCUCUUUUGGAAUUGGAAUAGUUUCAAGGUUGGGUCCUUUGUAAUCAUUCAGUUUUUAAGGAUCAAGAAAGCUUUUUUUUUUUC